ACCCAAUGGGAGGGAGGGCAGGCAACAUCUGUGAAUGUAGCUGAAACUGGUUGGGUACCCUUAGUUCAUCCGGCUUCCCAUACGUUAGAGAGAUAUUUUUGGAGAAUGCUGGUGGGGAUAUUCUAAACACAGCCAGGGUCACUGUGCUCUCAACAGGAAGCAACACUUUGUAGCUGAUCCUUUGGAAUCCCAGAGUCACUCUGGAGUAAAACAGGAGAACCUCAGAGCUGUGUGACCACAUCGGGCUUUUGCAGCUGUAUUAGCAGCUUCAGCUGGAUCAGAUUACCCCUCUCUCUCUCUCUCUUUCUCUUUCUUUCUCUCUUUCUGCCUCUUUCUUUUUGGCCCCAAGGUCCUAACUUCUGAAACUGGAAGAGGAAAAAGUAAACAUAACACUCCAUCAGGGAUUAUCUCAUUCAUUUUGGAAAGUACUUUAGCACUGCAAACUGCUUGGCGGAAAAAUGGGGAGAAUGAGAAUAAGUAUGUUCCUGGCCACCAUUUUACAUCUUCUGGUCAGUGUUGUUCCUUAUACAAUUGAAGUAACAGACGAUGGGGACGAACAUGAAGUUUAUGUAGGUGCUGUUUUGUCCCCACUGAAGCAUGUAACAUCAGUCUGUGGAAUGAAAGCUGAUUCUGGCCCAUGCAAAGCAUUAAAUGACCGGUAUCAUUUCAAUAUUAAGACUCACCAGUGUGAAAUCUUUAACUACGGUGGAUGUCAAGGCAAUGAAAACAACUUCCUAACUCUCGAAGAGUGCCAAGAAAAGUGUAUAACACCAUUUGAAGAUUUGCCAGAGAAGAGAAAAAGAUCAAGGUUUAAGAAAGAAAAACCUUCUUACUGCCUUCUGGAAAAUGACCCAGGAAUUUGCCGUGGACUGAUUACCCGGUAUUUCUACAAUAAAGAGUCGCAGAAAUGUGAGAAGUUCAUGUAUGGUGGUUGUUUGGGAAACCAGAACAACUUUUGGUCUGUGGAAGAAUGCCAAGAAACCUGCCAGGAUACUAACCGUUUAGUCAAUUCAUUGCAAAUAAAUGAUGAUAGCAUACUGUUUACCACAACAGACAACAGCACACUAGUUGAUCAGUAUGUCCUUCCAGUCAAUUCACUGCAAACAGAAGAUGGUGUUUUGCCCUUUGAUGCAGUAGAAAACAGCACUCCAACUCUCCAACAAGUGCCUUUCAUGCCUUCAGCAGAUUUCUUGCAAGCACAAGAUGACAGCAUAAACCUUAGCAUAAUGAACAAUAGUGCUCCGGUUGUUAAGCAAGGCCAAGAUCAUCUUCCUUCACUCUGUGUCAUGCGUGUGGACAGAGGUGUUUGCAGAGCCCAGGAAAAAAGGUUCUUCUACAAUUACACUAUCGGGAAGUGCCGCCCAUUCAGCUACAGUGGAUGUGGUGGGAAUGAAAAUAAUUUUACCACUAGAAAGUCAUGCCUUCAGAUGUGUAAGAAAGGUUUCAUUCAAAAGCAUGGACAAAAAGGAGUAAUGAAAAUCCGUCGGAAAAGAAAGAAACGAGUGAAGCUGAUUACUGGAGAAAUUGUCAUUGAAAGAAUAUAGCUUCCAUUCCUGGAAAUUAGCAGUUCCCAUCCACAUUAUUCAUUCAUAUUUUAUACUGAUUUUUGUGCUUCCUUUUCCACUGUGAAUUUUAUAGGAAUUUCAGCCAGAACUAUUUACUUUCAAACUAAUACUCUGAUCCUAUGCAUAAAAGUGCCUUAUGGUUUUGGAUUACAAGACUAGGAAUUUUGUGUCUCUGGUAUUCCUACUAAAUUGUUUUUCUUAUUCAAAAUAUCUGCAGCACCAUCGUUACAAACAGUGAGAAUUAGAAGAUGGACUUCGUCAUUGAAGUGGAUUUUACAGGUUUCUCCAUCUGUGGAUUCCUCCACAAUAAACAAACCCAAUUAGAUGGUUGUCCAUAUACUUACAGACCUUGAAGUAUUGGGGUCAGGUUCUGACGCCACUGACUUUUUCUUGGCAUUUCGUGGAACUAUGACUCUUGGAACUAUUAAGGAUAAAAAGCAUGAGAACCUCAAGGCUAACACAUAUUUAGCAUACUUAGUUAUUAUUAUUUUGUGUAACUUGCUGCAUUUACAAUAUUUUUUAAUUCUAAGCCUAUUCCCUUUUCUAAACUAGAUAUAAGUGUCAUUCCAGAUUCUAAUUCCAUUUUGACAUCUACCAUGCAGUAACUGGAAAUCUAAUGGCAUGCCAAAAAUUUACCCUGGAUUUUUGUUGCUCCUUUUAAAAAAAAUUGGAAUAUAUUGUCAAAUUUUUACAUAUUCAUCUUUCAUAUACAUAAGACUUCUCUUGUUUCCAUAUUAUCUAUGUGUACAAUUUAAUAUAAUAGAUUAACAUUUUACAUGAAAUCCCCGUGUUGGAAUUCUCUCUUCUUCCAGGAAAUCUUUGAAGAGUUCCCACUCUUUCUUGAAUAUUGAAGGGUCUUUCAUUUGAAGAUAUCUUGUCAAAAUGUCCAUUUCCACUAUUUCAGCUACUUUUACUAUCAUUUCCCCCCCCAUUUUUGGAGUUUCUUAUCAUUUCCACGUCCAUGCAUACACAAUUCUCUCUGCAGUUGUCAUCAGUAUGACAUAUGCCUUCAAAAAAGGAUCUGUUUGUUGUUGAAGUCUUUCAUGGCCAGAAUCACAGGGAGUCCUCGUGGACAACAAGUUAAACAUGAGCCAACAAUGUGAUGCGGCAGCUAAAAAAGCCAAUGGGAUUCUGGCCUGCAUCAAUAGGGGAAUAGCGUCUAGAUCCAGGGAAGUCAUGCUCCCCCUCUAUUCUGCCUUGGUCAGACCACACCUGGAAUACUGUGUCCAAUUUUGGGCACCACAGUUGAAGGGAGAUGUUGACAAGCUGGAAAGCGUCCAGAGGAGGGCUAAAAUGAUCAAGGGUCUGGAGAACAAGCCCUAUGAGGAGCGGCUUAAAGAGCUGGGCAUGUUUAGCCUGCAGAAGAGAAGGCUGAGAGGAGACAUGAUAGCCAUGUACAAAUAUGUGAGGGGAAGUCAUAGGGAGGAGGGAGCAAGCUUGUUUUCUGCUGCCCUGCAGACUAGGACACGGAACAAUGGCUUCAAACUACAGGAAAGGAGAUUCCACCUGAACAUCAGGAAGAACUUCCUCACAGUGAGAGCUGUUCGACAGUGGAACUCUCUCCCUGGGGCCGUGGUGGAGGCUCCUUCUUUGGAGGCUUUUAAGCAGAGGCUGGAUGGCCAUCUGUCGGGGGUGCUUUGAAUGCGAUUUCCUGCUUCUUAGCAGGGGGUUGGACUGGAUGGCCCAUGAGGUCUCUUCCAACUCUACUAUUCUAUGAUUCUAUGGUUGUUGUGUGUUUUCCGGGCUGUAUGUAAGGAGCCCCGGUGGCGAAGUGUGCUAAAGCACUGAGCUGCUGAACUUGCAGACCAAAAGGUCCCAGGUUCAAAUCCCAGGAGCGGAGUGAGCGCCGGCUGUUGCUCCAGUUUCUGCCAACCUAGCAGUUCGAAAACAUGCAAAUGUGAGUAGAUCAAUAGGUACCGCUCCGGCGGGAAGGUAACGGCGCUCCAUGCAGUCAUGCCAGCCACAUGACUUUGGAGGUGUCUAUGGACAACACCGGCUCUUCGGCUUAGAAAUGGAGAUGAGCACCAACCCCCAGAGUCAGACAUGACUGGACUUAACGUCAGGGGAAACCUUUCCUUUUACCUAUGGUCAUGUUAAAGAAGCAUUCUCUCCUGAUGUUUCACCUACAUAUAUGGCAGGCAUCCUCAGAAGUUGCGAGGUAUAUUGUUUCAAGAAAGGAUAUCAAUAAAAAUAACAUGAAAAUUC